ACUCAAAUCGUUGCGAUCCAUGCGUGUAUUGCGGCGACGAAAUGAUUUAUAAAUAAGCCUUAAAGCUGUUGUCCAUGUUGAGUGGUAGGUCAGUUGGCCCAGUGAGAUAGUCAGCUACCAACCUGGAAUGUUUGAAGCGGCACAGUCGUCAAAAAUUCUAAAACAGUCAUAAUGGGAUCAAUUAGCGACAAUGAAUACAUCGCUAUUGUAGUUCAGGCAAUGUCGACAGUUCUUGGUGUGAGCACAGAUGAGAUCAACUGUACCGCAAACACCACUACCUUCGUGAAGCUAGGCGGCGACUCAUUGUCUGCAAUUCUUAUCUCAGCAGAAUGCCAAAAGAGGGGACUUUUAAUCCCUGCCGGAAUUUUACUGCGGAUAUCAACAGUAAAGGAUGUUAUAAGAAAAGCUGCAAGUUUGGCGCGGCCUUUAUCAACAUCUUCACAUCUGCCUUCGCUUACCCCUUUUUCCGGAGCUGGGAUCGUACCUGACAUAGCGGUUCCGACGGGAGCGGGGACCCGCCUUUAUGAACCGCUACUAGUACACACCAUAACGGCGGAACCAAAUCCAGACACUAUAAUCAAGCCUUCAUGUCGUUCCGGGCGAGAUAUAAUAUCGGCAAACAGCUUGUUAGACAGCAUCAACACGACAGAGUGGACGGAGCCACAGCUUCUUCUACUUCGCGAAACUUCGCACAACCAAAAACUGAAUAUACUGACCUUAUACGAGUCUUAUGAGGGAUCUUUAGAUGUGCAAGAUGUCUAUAACGCGUGGGUGAAUACGAUCUUAGAAGAGCCGAUAUUCAAAGAUCCCCUUCGUGACUUGGAAAUCGCGCCGCAGCAGCUUUUGCUUCCAAGCAUAGUUGAAGUCGAAACUGAAGAUGAUUAUCGCAGGGAAAUUGUCAAUGCUGUUAAAGCGAGUGGUCCCAUAUCCACGCUUACGGUCAUUCAUUCGCCUCAGUGUUUACGAUCGGAUGAAAUAUCAAAACCCAUCGUUGUUGUCUGGCGCAUACACCACGCAUUCCUGGAUGGCUACUCCGCUCGGAUUUUGCGCGAUAAAAUUGGGCGAAACUUGCGAGGAGAGAUGGGUGUCGUUGCAGGCCCUUCGUUCAAAGAAACCGUGGGUUCAUUGAGGACGUUGCGAGAAGAAAGAAGAGAGUCGACGAGAUACUUCUGGGACAGAAAACGCGAGCAGUUCCCCGCCGCUAUAGGGGAGAUUCGCCUAAGUCCCCAAAGGGUGACCAAGACAACGGAGAAAUUCCCUCAAGAGCGCAUCGCAAUCCAAUUUCCAGAUGAUAAACUGUUGGCAGUGAAGAGACGAACGGGAUAUACCACGACGGUGUACUUUGCUGCAGCAUGGGCUCUGACCCUCAGCAAGUUUAUGGAUGUCGAUCAGGUCUACUUCGGCACAGUACUCUCAGGACGCGAUUUACCCAUUCCGGGAGCGUGCGAUGUUGUUGGUCCCCUGAUCAAUAUAUUGCCAUUAUUCGUGAAAGUGCCAGCCAGAGGGGAUAAUACCUCUGUCGAAACGUUCUUACGGAGUAUCCACGACGGCAUCCUCGAGCUGAAUAAUGUUCAACAUUCAGAAACCACUGAGGGAUUCAAUAGGCAGUUUCAUUCCAUCAUGGCCACGCAGUUCGAGUGCGACAUGGAAGUGGGAUCGCUAAAAUCGAUACCGGUAGAUAGAAAUCACCUCGAUAUGCAGUCCGGAAUUCCGAUCAAUCUCGUCAUCGAGCAAGAAUUUCGGAUACAGUUAUUCUAUUCGACUGCCCAUUAUGUCGAGGAGGACAUGAACAACGUGAGAUCUGUCUUCCAAAAGAGUAUGGACUGCCUCCUACAAGGCGAUGUCGAUAAACAGUUGGUGUCGAGCGUGUAUGGCGAUCUACUUCCGCGGAAGAUAGAAGAAAAGAUUAGGCAUUGGAGCAACUGUACUUCCCCCGAGACUUUCGACGAGUCCAAAGGGGAUGACUUGGUGACACUGUUCGAAAACGUAGUGGCUAGGCAUCCUAGGGACGUGGCAAUCGUUCACGGCGAAGACGGAGAAGUAUCAUACGGCGACUUGGAUGAAGCAGCGGGGAUCGUUGCGCGCGAAUUGAGUUGGAUUAGACCUAAUGAAGCUGUCUGUGUUUAUGCCGACCGAUCGAAGAACUGGCUAGCAGCGAUCUUUGGUGUGCUGAAAGCAGGCGGCGUCUACGCCCCGAUAGACCCCUCAGCGCCACUGUCCGUGCAGAAGGCCAAUUUUGUCCGCAGCGGUGCACGAGCCGUACUUGCUCCCUCUUAUAUUCCUACAGAACAGCGCUUCUUUUCGCCGCGACAGGAGCAAGACAACACAGCUUCGUUUCAAUGCUGUGUUAUAUGCGUCGACGAUCUUCUUGACAUACAGAAACAAAGCGGCUCGGUGUCUUACCCAAGGAGGCGCAUCGCCCGCCCAGAUGAUCUUGCCUAUAUCUGCUUCACGUCUGGUUCGACCGGACAGCCCAAGGCCGUACAAUGUACCCAUAAAGGCCUGGUAGCUUUCCAGAAGGACCCUGUAGUCCGCCUGUCUGCAUCGAGGGGCAUCGUUAUCGCCCAACUAAUGUCCCCCGUCUUCGACGGCAGCAUCCACGAGAUAUUCUCUGCCUUAACACAUGGCGCUACGUUACGAUUAGUGUCGCCUAGUGACCAAGAUGACCCGUUUUCGCAUUUGAAAGAUAGCGAUUCCGCUAUUCUGACUCCGUCUAUCGCGAAAGCGUUAGAUCCUGAUCAUUAUCCCCGGCUGAAAAAUGUCUACCUGGUCGGUGAAGCUGUUCCUCAAUCCGUUUGCGACACCUGGGCUAGGAAUCGAUCGUUAUAUAAUAUGUAUGGCCCGACUGAGACAACUUGUGGAGCGACGAUUAAGAGAUUACUGCCGAAUAAGCCUGUCACCCUUGGCCGACCGAACCCAUCGAGCAGAGUGUACAUUCUCGACCGGAAUCAUGAUCUACUCCCACCCGGCGCGGUCGGUGAGUUGUGUAUUGCAGGGAUACAGGUAUCACAUGGAUACAUCAAUAUGACGGAGCUGAAUGCAAAACACUUCUUAGACGACCCGAUCAUGCCUGGAGCCGGCCAAAAGAUGUACAAGACUGGCGAUUACGCAUAUUGGGAUAGCGCAACCGGAGAAAUCUGUAUAAUUGGACGUAAAGAUCGACAGAUCAAACUGCACGGCUUUAGGCUCGACCUUGAUGACUUAGAGGUACGAGUUACGAAAGCCAUCCCCGGAUGUAGAGGUGCUACUAUCUUCCGCCGAGACGACUAUUUGGUAGUAGCAUACUAUGCUUCAUCAACUAAUGCAAUCGGUGCAUUAGAUGUAAAGGAACUCGUCGCUGAUGUCUUGCCCCCAUACGCUAUGCCCCGGAAGAUUUUCGCGUUAGAUGAGUUCCCUCUGACGAUGGCGGGAAAGCUUGAUUAUAAAGCGAUUGAAAGAAAGGUCGACAUGAUGGCUACCGACCAGUCGGUAGACACACGGCCGCAGAAGAUAAUUCUGAGUUCGACUGAGCAAUUGGUCGUGGGUGCUGUCAGGGACCUGAUGAAACUCGACUCGGGCGUACCUAUAGACAGGAACUCGGAUCUCACAACUCUCGGUAGCCAUUCUCUCUUGCAGCUACAAUUAGCGAGUCGAAUAUCUUCCCUUACUCAGAGACGAUUCACAAUACGAAAAGUCAUAGAAAAUCCCGUGAUAUCACGUUUAGCAUCGGUGAUUGAUGAUAUGAUGAGAGAAGAAAGGGUGGUUGGUGUAGGUAAGCGGAGACACCAUGGCCAAAAUGGCACGAGGGCUCUCGGGGAUAGUCAGAUAUCACCCAUCGAACGAGACUGGUUUUUGAAAUAUCAGAGAAACCUUGGGACCACUUCAUUCAACGUAUGCCACGUUUCCGAAUUGUCCGUAGAAUUUCAUCAACACCCAACACUGGUAUCGGCUUGGAACACUGUCCUUGCGAGACAUAUAAUCUUGCGCUGCAGAUUUCGACCAUCAGCAACAGACGGUAGCGUGGUAAGAUCUUAUGCCGCUGACCCCCCUAAAGCCUUAUACGUAGAGAGUCUCAACAUCCGAGACGUCAUCAAUACGGAAUUCUCGCUUGGGGCGGAGGACCCGAUUCGAGUAAUUAUUUCGAAACGAUACAUGGCAGUUUGCGUGAGCCAUAUUAUAUGCGACUAUACGACCCUUGCGUGCCUUUUCAAGGAGCUUGCUACCGCAUAUGCAAAUGUCAACAGUCCGGUGAAAUCACCCCUGAUGGCCCCCGAGAAACGGUAUCAGGAUACGACUUGUUGGAAUCUGGACAUUGACCAGGCCACAGUCAACUUCUGGAAAUCGUACCUGUCCGGCAUCAAUUUUGCAAGAAUACCUCCAUACAUGAAAGCGCCGCGCACUUCGUACGACGGCAGCUCUCUACUAUUCCUACUCUCCAGGAAUACGAUGUCAAGUCUUGAGACGGUUUCGCGAUCGCUCGGUCUUACACUACACCAAAUCGGACUAGCGAUCGUCUCCCUAGUCCUCCACGCCGAUAAGCCGACAAAGCAAGACUUGCUCCUAGGCAGUCCCUAUCUCGGGCGACAAGAAGAGGACAUGUGUGCAAUCGGUCUCUUCCUCCAACCACUCCCGAUUCGAAUCCCAAGACUGGUGGACCGAGGGAAGGAUAACUCAAGAGAAGCCACCUUAGCAUCUUUCCUCCUAGCUGUACGAGAAUCCGCACGGUCUGCUCUCAGCCACAGCAUCGAGUGGAAUUCGCUAAUCAAGAUUCUUUCCACAUCGGACGACGAAGGCUUGCGCGCAGCCGCAGCCACCGAGGCUCCAAACCACCCGCUAUUCGACGCCGUGGUCAGCUUUCACGAGAUGAGUACUGCGGAGCCAUCGUCCUCGAUACAUAAUAUCAUUCCUAGCCAGCCUCUAGUUACCUGGGCCGAAGGCUCCAAGUUCGGCAUCAUGUUCGAGUUCACGGCUGUUAGCCCGUCCUCGGUCACACUUCGCAUCGAGUACGACACAUCUCUGUUCUCGGAGGAAGAGGUGUGGCUUUUUGCUGCGAGGGUCGAUGCGGGAUUUAGGUAUAUGUGUCAAAGCCCGUCAUCAAUCGAAGUUGGGGAAUUGGAAAGUAGACUUUUGGGUGUUGGUAGCGGUGAUAAUGUUAGAGCUGGACAAUCUUCUGAGGGAAUCAAGAAUUUAGGGUUUGGAAUCGCCCUGUCGGAUUUAAAAUAGCGCCUGUGUUGGGGAAAUAGGGGCUUGGUACCCCGCAUUUAGCGAUUCAAUACGGUAAGUACGGCUACCCUAGGUACCUACAAUACACGA